AUGUUUCCUACCGCCGCCCGUCUCUCCCAAGCGGUUCGUGUUACGCUCUUCACCCGUGUCGGCUGCGGACUGUGCGACACGGCAAAACACGCUGUAACUCAAUUACACAAACGGCGGCCCUUUGAAUACUCCGAAUUGGAUAUUAUGGUCCCCACCAACAAGCCAUGGAAGGAUGUUUAUGAGUUCGAUGUCCCUGUCUUACACGUUCAAUCGGUCAAGGGUCAAUCGGAAAACGGAGAAGCCGACCUCUCCGAUCCAAAGAAGCUGUUCCAUCGGUUCACGGAGCAAGAAGUCGAAAUUUUGGUCGACGAGGCCGAGAAGGCGAAAUCGUGA